AUGGCUUUGAUUUCACCCCCAGAUGUAUCGACCCCCCCUUCCCAGUAUAAGUUCAGAGACCUGACCAUAGAAGAACUAAAGAAUGUUAACAAGACCUACCCAAACUUCACAUUCUCCAUGAACACAUACACCUUCAAGGAUGGAUCCCAGAAGGACCUCCUGAAUUUUAGUGGUACUGUUCCAGUGAAAUAUGGUAAUUCCUAUAACAUACCUAUUCAUCUGUGGAUUCUGGAUUCUCAUCCCUUUGCUCCCCCCAUUUGCUUCUUGAAGCCGACUGUGAACAUGGGCAUUUCAGUGGGAAAGCAUGUUGAUGCUCAUGGCAGGAUUUAUUUGCCCUACCUGCAAAACUGGAGCCAUCCUAAAUCAACUAUAAUUGGAUUAAUCAAGGAAAUGAUUGCAAAAUUUGAGGAAGAGCUCCCUUUGUAUUCACUGUCAUCUUCUGAUGCACCCAGCCCAUCGGAACUUCUCUCCUACAUUGCAAAGAUUACUGAAGGAGAGACUGACAUGAAAUCAAAGAGUAAAAUUGGUGAAGUUAAAAACAAAGGAUGUUUUAACAAAAUUACUGUUGUUGGAGCUGGAGAUCUUGGCAUUGCAUGUGUGCUAGCAGUUGCAGCAAAGGGUGCUGCAGACAAGGUGGUUCUUUUGGACCCUUCUGAAGGUGCAGCAAAAGGAGGGACCAUGGACUUGGAGAUCUUUGCUCUGCCAAAUGUGGAGAUCAGCAAAGAUUUUUCUGCUUCAGCCGAUUCAAAAGUUGUGGUACUUACAGUUAAUUCUCUGGGUAAUGCUCAGACUUACCUUGAUGUCAUACAAAGCAACGUGGAUUUGUUCAGAGGAAUUAUCCCAGCAAUAUCACACUACAGUCAGAACGCUGUUCUCCUUGUUGCUUCUCAUCCAGUUGAGGUAAUGACAUAUGUGUCAUGGAAGCUGAGUGCGUUUCCCAAAAGCAGAGUUAUUGGAGUGGGUGCCAACCUAGAUACUGAGAGAUUUCAGUACAUACUGACAAACCUUUUGAAAGCACAGGUGCUGGCAAAAGAUGCUUGGAUUAUUGGUGAACAAGGGGAAGACAAAGUACCAUCAUGGACCAGUUGUAAUUUAGUUGCAAAUCAAACAGAAGUAAUGGCUGCUCGUAACUCAAGGGAAAAGGUGGCUAACAGAGCUAUGGAUGUUCUAAAGGGAAAAGGUCAGAGGUCUUGGUCUGUUGGGCUGUCAGUUGCUGAUUUGACUGACAGUAUACUGAAAGAUAAAAGAAAGGUUCAUUCUGUAUCCACUCUAGCAAAGGGAUGUUGCAAUAUAAACAGUGAAGUGUUCUUAAGUCUACCCUGCAUUCUUGGAACCAAUGGUGUGAUUGAAAUGGUCAAACUAGAAGAAGAUCCACUAGUGCAAGAAAAACUGCAAAGCAGUGCAGGAUCAAUUCAUGACCUUCAGCAGCAGCUGAAACUGUAAGCAAGCACAAGGGAAGCCACGGUGUCUACUCACAGAAGUCAGAG